CAGCUCGGUAAAAGCUGUCUGCGGUCAUGGCGCAGCGCUUCAGACACGAGCGUAUGUACCGCUUCAUCGUCACUGCACAACUCAAAGUACCUUAGUCGUCGAUGUAUGAGUAAUGCAAUCCCUCAUGGCGCUUCUCUGGCAACACAAGACGACUGGACUGCGUUUCAAAUCGAGCGUGCUGAAGAAAAACUAUUCCGUGACCACUAUUCACAGUACGGUUCAGAGCAAAACCGUGAUAAUACCUGGCAACCUCACCACUCCUUACACCGACCCCCUUCCCCCGAAAAUCUUACUUUAUCCUCUCUUCUGGCAGCUGGAGCGCACCUCGGUCACUCUACCUCGCUAUUAAACCCGAAUUUUCUUCCGUACGCUUAUGGCACGCGAGCAGGAAUCACAAUUAUAGACCUCGACCAUACUCUGCCCAUGCUACGGCGCGCUGCAAACCUAACACGCGCCAUUGCUUCCCAAGGAGGCACUGUCGUCUUUAUCGGUACUCGCCCGGACUUACGACCAGCGGUGAAAAAAGCGAGUGAACGCAUGGGCGACAACGCCUACUACGUCGGUGAAAAGUGGUUACCCGGCACGCUCACCAAUCGCCUUCAUCAUUUCGAUACUCGCACCGUGAAGACGACCAAAAUCAUCCCCGAUCUUCUCGUAGUCCUUAACCCACUUGCAAAUAUGUCUGCCAUUCGUGAAGCUGCAAUCGAACACAUCCCGACAAUUGGUAUCGUCGACUCGAACGCCGACCCACGCAUCGUCAUGUACGCGAUCCCUGCAAAUGACGAGAGCACGCGGACAGCAGAGCUUAUUGCCGGUGUCUUGAGUAUAGCUGGUCGAGAGGGCGUCGAACUGCACAUGGACGCACAGCGAAGGAACGCACGGAGACGAGCAGAUAGACGGAGAAGGUUCGAUGCUUUGCAGGAGCCGCAAGAGGAUACAUCGGGAAACUCUGAUAAGGAAUACACUCCUGCUUACAUGUAGCUGUCGCUAUUAUCUC